AUGGCCGCCCGCAAGCUCCAGCAGGAGAUCGACAAAUGCUUCAAGAAAGUCGCCGAAGGCGUCGCGACGUUCGAGAACAUAUAUGAGAAGAUCAUGCAGACGGGCAACCCCUCGCAGAAGGAGAAGCUCGAGGACCAGCUGAAGAAGGAGAUCAAGAAGCUGCAGCGCUCGCGGGACCAGAUCAAGACAUGGGCCGCCAUGUCCGAGAUCAAGGACAAGAAGCCGUUGCUCGACCACCGGAAGCUCAUCGAGACACAAAUGGAGCGCUUCAAGGCCGUCGAAAAGGAGAUGAAGACGAAAGCAUACUCCAAGGAAGGCCUGCAAUUAGCGUCCAAAAUCGACCCCAAGGACAAGGAGAAGAUGGAGAUGGUCGAGUUCCUGCAGCAGAUGAACGAGGAGCUGGAGCGCCAAAUAGAGACCAUCGAGACCGAGAUCGAGACAUUACAUGCCAACGUCAAGAAGACGAAGAAGGGGGACAAUUCAAAGGCAGAGCGCGUGGCAGAGCUGGAAGAGUCGGUUGAGCGGAAUAAAUGGCAUCAGGGCAAGCUGGACCUGCUGCAUCGAGCGCUGGAGAAUGGCAAUGUCGAGACGGAACAGGUCAAGGAGAUUGAGGACAGUAUCAAGUACUACGUCGAGAGCAAUCAGGACCCCGAGUUCAUGGACGACGACACAAUAUACGACGACUUCAACCUGCAAGAGGAGGAGGCCAUCUUUGGCCUGGGGGAGAACCUGGACCAUGUGUCUUCACACGAGUCGCAGUCGAUAGCAGACGACACACCCGAGUCGGACGUGCGACCGCCAGCACCCAAGCCGAAAGCGACAGAGGCAGUACAACAACAGGCACGACGGCCCUCGACACAGAUGAAGUCGCCAUUACCAGCACUAGCAACAUUGCACACGCCGUUACCUGGCGUCUCAAAUACCACGGCCAACGCGAUGAAGCCCGCGCCGAUACCGACGAGGACGCCGGGCGAGCCCUUGAAGUACGCCUCGGCCGCCGCUGCUGCAGCCGCGAGCGAUAAGAAUGGAGUGGGCAUUGCUCCUCUGCCACCACCACCGGGAGGGGCCGCAGCACAAUCAGGCCUCAUUCCUGGCGGCGCACGGGCAAGUGCAGCGAAUUCCCCGGCAAUAACACAUUCCCAACUGGCCUCGCGCGCGCAGCCAGCCGAAUCCGCACAAGCAUCGCCAGCUCCCGCGGCAAGUAUACCCGUAACGCCUGCUGCGGAGAAGGAGACCCUUUCGCGCGCCGUUUCGUCGGAAGACGCCUCCAAGUCCAGCAGAAGGACACCAGCUCCCGAGCCUGUAGAGGAGGAGGAGUCAUCGGCUGCCACCCCGCCGCUAACAAACGGUGAUUCUCAUGCAGAAGAGGAGGAAGAGGAAUCAGUGUAUCACCUACCGUCGAGCCUACAGGACCUUCUGGACACAUUUGAGGCGACCAAGAACGACAUAUCCGCCUCUGCCUCGAAACCUCCGAAUGAGCACAUGCUAGCAGCAUCCAUGGCCACCGCGCCGGACUCUGCGGAUACUGAGGCGCCGCGCCACUACCGACCCCAGAAUCCCUAUCCGUUUACGCCCGCGCACUACCCGCAAGAGCCGUUACCCAUCUUCGAUGAUCCUCGCUUGUACUCCCGCAUCGAGACCGACGCUCUCUUCUACGCCUUCUACUACCGCCAAGGCACGUACCAGCAAUACCUGGCUGCAAAGGCACUCAAGUCGCAGAGCUGGAGAUUUCACAAGCAAUAUCAAACAUGGUUCCAACGCCACGAAGAACCAAAAGCAAUCACGGAAGACUACGAGCAGGGGACGUACCGCUUCUUUGACUAUGAGAGCACAUGGAUGAACCGUAGGAAAGCAGACUUCCGAUUUGCCUACAAGUUUUUGGAAGAUGAGCUAUGA